CCUCUUGCCGCUCCCUUAGGGCGGGCUCUGGCCGGACCUACUUAACAGCAUCCCCGCCCACCCCGGAAGUGGGGGCGGAGCUAAUGAAGCAUCGGCGCUCAGUGGGCGGAAGUGGCUGUGGGAGGCUUUAAGGUGCUUUAAAUUCUCGCUGUCUUGGGAGCUCCCCCGUUUCAGUUGGAGUCGAGCUCCGCGUGACAGAUGGCUGUGGACGUGAAGUCACGAGCAAAGCGUUAUGAAAAACUGGACUUCCUCGGCGAGGGACAGUUUGCCACGGUUUACAAGGCCAGAGACAAGAACACCAACCAAAUUGUCGCCAUUAAGAAAAUCAAACUUGGACAUAGAUCAGAAGCUAAAGAUGGUAUAAAUAGAACAGCUUUAAGAGAGAUAAAAUUAUUACAGGAGCUAAGUCAUCCAAAUAUAAUUGGUCUCCUUGAUGCUUUUGGACAUAAAUCUAAUAUUAGCCUUGUCUUUGAUUUUAUGGAAACUGACCUAGAGGUUAUAAUAAAAGAUAACAGUCUUGUGCUGACACCAUCACACAUCAAAGCCUACAUGUUGAUGACUCUUCAAGGAUUAGAAUAUUUACAUCAACAUUGGAUUCUACAUAGGGACCUAAAACCAAACAACUUGUUGCUAGAUGAAAAUGGAGUUCUAAAACUGGCAGAUUUUGGCCUGGCCAAAUCAUUUGGGAGCCCCAAUAGAGCUUAUACACAUCAGGUUGUAACCAGGUGGUAUCGGGCCCCUGAGCUACUAUUUGGAGCUAGAAUGUAUGGUGUAGGUGUGGACAUGUGGGCUGUUGGCUGUAUAUUAGCAGAGUUGCUCCUAAGGGUUCCUUUUUUGCCAGGAGAUUCAGACCUUGAUCAACUAACAAGAAUAUUUGAAACUUUGGGCACACCAACUGAAGAACAGUGGCCUGACAUGUGUAGUCUUCCAGAUUUCGUGACAUUUAAGAGUUUCCCUGGAAUCCCGUUACAGCAUAUCUUCAUUGCAGCAGGAGAUGACUUGCUAGAUCUUAUACAAGGCUUAUUCUUAUUUAAUCCGUGUACUCGAAUUACAGCCACACAGGCAUUGAAAACUAAGUAUUUCAGUAAUCGGCCAGGGCCAACACCUGGAUGUCAGCUGCCAAGACCAAACUGUCCAGUGGACGCUUUAAAGGAGCAGUCCAAUCCAGCCGCGGCAACAAAACGGAAGAGAACAGAGGCCUUGGAACAAGGUAAAACGCUCAUUUUCACAAGAAAUGAAAUGAAUUCAGAAAACUCCAGAUAGCUAAUAUAGAGCUAGUGACUGAAGGGCAGCUAAGAAAUGUAGACUGUGACCUGUUUACUUGUAUAAAUUUAAAUUGGAUAAAGUUGAGUGUGGUGUUUUAGCUGUGUUUACUUCCAUUGAGAAUACUUACAUCAUGCUUUUUAAAAGGACAUGGGCACUUUUGAGUAUACCUCAGAGUUACAAGUACUGUCCAUGUGCAUCCUGCUCUUUUCAUAAAUUCCUUCUGGUACACUGUAUGCUUAAUGUUUAACUAGUGCUAUUGGAAAAUCAAAGCGAGUAAAAAUAGAGGUAGUUGGAAUGCAAUGACUGGUUAAAAUUGCUAUAAGAUUAAAUGUAAACAACCUCAUUUUUCCCCCCAGGAGGAUUACCCAAGAAGCUAAUUUUUUAGUUACAGAGAACACUGGACAAUAUUGUACUACUGAAGGAUAUAGUGAAAAAGGCAAAAUAGUAAACAUUAAUUAAAUGCUUUAAAAGAAAUCUGUAAAUAUUCUAUUCAUGUAAAAUAUGUAAAACUGGGUUAUUUUAUUAAAUGUAUUUUAAAACAAACUUAAUUCUGAUUUUUCUGAUUAGAGUGCAACAGUAAGAUAAGUUUAAUUCUCUGAAAUGUAGAGUUGAAAAUGCAUUAAGGAAUUCUUAAUAAAAAUAACUGUCAGUUAUUUUAAUGAUCUGGCCCAUAUAGCAUUACAGAUUUGUAGUAAAGGGGGUAUUAUUUUAAAAUAGAAAGAUAGUAGUAAUAUACCAAAUACCUGCUACCCUGACUUAACAUAUGUUAAUAUACUAAAUAGGAAAAAAAAAUAACAUUACAGAUAAAAUUGAGCUCCCUUUAACCCUUUAAUACAUCAUUCCAUUUAUUUUUUCCUUUUUACCCUCCCCAAAAGAGAAUGACUGUCAGGAAAUGAGUGUGUCCUUCCAUGAUUUCAUACUGCUAUUUUAUAAGAAUGCAUGUAGUAGUAUACAGUACUGUUUUGGGUCUCACAAUUUGAGUGGUAGACAGUACAUCUCAUACAGCAUUUUUAUUCUUACUCAAAAGUUUAAAACUUAGUUCCCAGUUGUGUAGGUCAGUUACCUCUCAUGGCUCAACUGUGUUUUUUUUGCAUAGGCCAAUAUCAAGGUGUCAGUUGGACUCUGGGCUCUUCUCUGAAGCUCUAGGGAAGAAUCUGCUUCCGAGUUCAUACAGUUCAUGCCAUUUUAAUGCUCAUGCCUCCUUAUCCUUGCUGGUUGUCAGCCAGGGGCCUCUCUUAGCUUCUUAAGGCAGUCCACUUGCUUUGUUGCAUGUCACUCUCCAUCUGCAAACCGGCAACAGUGUCAAAUCUGUCUGGCUUCCUCAUCGCUGCCAAGAGAGAAAAUUCUGCCUUUCUUUUUUUUUUAAAGGACUCACCUGAUAAAUGAUGUCAGCUCACUAAGGGCUUAAUUAUACAUCUUAAAAAUCCCUUCAUAGCAGUUACUAGAUUAGUGCUUGAAUAAUCAGGACAGGAAUCAUGAGAGGGCCAUCUUGAGAAUUCUGUCACAUGGACAUUUAGGUUAUUUAAAGAGGAUUGUUUCGAUGCACAUGCAAGCGUUUCUCUAAUGUACAUACUUAGAAUUGUAAUCGUGAGGUCAUAGUGUGUAUUUUCAAUUAGUGUUGAUAUUGCCACAUUUCUCCAAAGUAGUUGUAUCAGUUUACAUCCCCAGUAGCUGUUCGGUAGUUCUUAAAAAUGAAGAAGCCCCUUACCUUACACUGUAUACAGAAACUAACUCAAAAUAUAUCAAAGACCUGAACACCAGGCCUAAAGCUAUAAAAAUUCUUAGAAAAUAUCAUAGAGGGAAAGCUUCAUGACAUCAGAUUUGGCAGGGACUUCCUGGAUAUGACCCCAAAACACAGGCAGCAAAAGUAAAAAAUAGACCAUUUGGACUAUACCAAAAUUAAAAGCUUGUGUGCAUCAAAGGAACGUAAUCAAUAGAAUGGAAAGGCAACCUAUGGAAUGAGAGAAAAUAUUUGCAAAUCAUGUACUGAUAAGGGGUUCAUAUCCAGAAUCUGUGAAGAAUAAAUGUUGUUGUUAUAGUUCAACAACAAAAUCCAAAUAAAAAAUGGGCAAAGGACUUGAAAUAGACACUUCACCAAAGAUGAUAUAGUAAUGGCCAAAAAAACCCAUGAAAAGAUGCCCAACAUCACUAAUCAUUAGGGAAAUGCAAGUCAAAACCACAGUGAGAUUAUCACCUUGUACCUAUUAGGAUGAUUACUGCCAAAAAAACCCAGAAAAUAACAAGUGUCAGUGAGCAUGUGGAGAAAUUGGGACCCUUGUAAACUAUUGGUGGGAAUGUAUAAAAACAGUGCCAGCAGCUGUGGGAAACUGUGAUGUUUCCUCAAAAAAUUUAAAAUGGAAUUACCAUAUGAUCCAGCAGCUUCACUUCUGAGUAUAUACACAAAAAAAUUGAAUGCGGUAUCCCAAAUGAAUGCAUUCGUUAACCUUUAUGUAAGAAUCUAUUUCACUUCAUCAUCUCUAGCAUUCAUACUGUUUGGGGUCUUUGCUAAUUUGAUACCUCAUUCUAAUUUACUUUUCUUUGAUUUCUACUGUGUUGCUAAUCCCUCCUCUGUGAACUGUUGGUUCAGUUUUUUUUUAAUACAAUUUUUAAAGGUAUUUUCCAUUCAGCUAUUACAGCAUAUCAGCUGUAUUCCCCAUGUUGUAGGAUACAUCUUUGAGCCUGUCUCACACCCUGUAGUUUGUACCCCCAUUCCCCACCCCUAUAUGAACCCUCCCCCUGCAACCACUAGUUUGUUCUCUGUAUUUGUGAGUCUGCUGCUUUGUUGUUAAAUUCACUAGUUUAUUGUAUUUUUUUAGGUUCUACAUAUAAGUGAUAUCAUGCAGUAUUUGUCUCUGUGAUUUAUUUCACUUAGCAUAAUGCCCUCCAAGUCCAUCCAUGUUGCUGCAAAUGGCAAAAUUUCGUUCUUUUUUAUGACUGAGUAGUAUUCCACUGUAUGUAUAGAUACAACAUCUUUAUCCAUCAUCUGUUUAUGGACACUUAGGUUGCUUCCAUACCUUGGCAAUUAUGUGAAUAACGCUGCUGUGAACAUUGAGGUGCAUGUAUCUUUAUGAAUCAAUGAUUUGGGGUUUUUUUGGAUAUAUACCCAGGAGUGGAAUUGUUGGAUCAUGUGGUAGUUCUAUUUUUAGUUUUCUGAGAAACCUUCAUACUGUUUUCCACAUUGGCUGCACCAGUUUACAUUCCCACCAACAGUGUAUAAGGUUUCCCUUUUCUCCACAUCCUUGCUAACAUUUAUUUGUGUUUUUGAUGCAACCAUUCUGACAGGUGUGAGGUGAUGUCUCAUUGUGGUUUUGAUUGGCAUUUCCCUGAUGAUUAGCAAUGCUGAGCAUCUUUACAUGUGCCUGUUGGCCAUCUGCAUUUCCUCUUUGGAAAAAUAUCUUUAAAGACUUCUGCCCAUUUUUUAAUUGGGUUGUUUGUUCUUUUGAUGUUGAGUUGUAUGAGCUGUUUAUGUAUGUUGGACAUUAAUCCUUUAUCAUAUCAUUUGCAAAUAUUUUCUCCUGUUCAGUAGGUUGUCUUUUCAUUUUGUUGGUUUCCUUUGCUAUGCAAAAGCUUUUAAGUUUAAUUAGGUCCCAUUUGUUUAUUUUUGCUUUUGUUUCCUUUACUUGAGGAGACUGAUGCAGAUUCUUUGUCCAUUUAUCAAUUGGAAUAUAAAUUUUAUCAAUUUAUUUGAGUUUGUUUUAUAUACACACAUACUUCUUUCUAGUUUUUGUAAUGUGAUUUUUUUUUUACACUUCCCACUUUGGUAUUAUUAAAUAAUCCCAGAUCCUUCCUUUCCCUACCUUUUAUGUUAAAUUAUUAUAUAUACUAGGUCUGUGUAUGGUCUUUAUCCGAUUCUCAUUGACCUGCUGUUACACUGUUUCAAAUAACGUAGCUUUGUAUUACCAUCAGGACAAUACAUUUUUUUAAAUUUAAUUUUUUAUAUUGGAAUAUAGUUGAUAGGAUAAUACAUUUUAAUAUCUGGCAACAGUAGAUCCUCAUUAUUCCUUUUUUCAAAAUGUAUUUGCCAAUUUUUCAGCUUUUAUUAUUAUUAAUGCCAACCAGUGCUGUUCCUAUAACACAACUAUAAAUGGUUUAUAUUGUUACCUUAUUAUCCUACUGUUAGCUAUCUGAUUAAGUAGUAAUAUCUUUUCUUUUCACUAGAGAUUAGAUAAGUUUUAUAACUGCUGACAAGGUAAUGCACUUCCUUUGAUAUCAUUGUGAUGCUAUUAAUAUAGUAAUAUUCCGAAAAGAUAUUAAAGAUUAUUACUAUGUAAUAUUUCUAGAAAGAGAAAAUAAUUUUAAAUGGCCUAAAAUUCAGCAUCAAAACCAAGAAGUUAAUUCAGAGUGGCCUAAAUGCCAGAAUUCUGCAUAGAUCUGGCUACAGAAUGUCACCACUCUGACAAAAAGGAAGCUAUGAAAUAGGUAACUAGCAAUGACUGAAUAUACUGCUGCCAAAGUCCCACCAUAAUAACUUUUUUAUUGAAGUGAAGGAAAUUAUUUUUAAACUUUAUAUGGCAAAUGAAAAAUCCAGAAAAACACAAAACCAGAUAAAUGUAUUCCAAAAAGUAACAGUCACUCUUGUUGCUUGAGCCAAAGAUCCCUAUAAGUCAAUCUAAAUAGUUAAUUUUCUUCUCAAAAUCACUGUUUCUUUGUUUUUAAGAUGUUGGCAAAUACUGAAAAUUUCAAAAAUAUAGUAAUAUAAUUUAUAAAUAUGUCAACACAGAAUACUAAUAAAUGUCUUGUAGAGAACAUUUAUUUAAGCUGCUUCCCCAAAUUUAGAAUACCCAGAAAACACAACUUCUGAAGAUGUAGCAACAUUUACAUGGUCCGUUUUCACAGUCUCGAUAUAAACAGCUCUCAGUUCUAAUUUCAACUGGUUUGUCUUCAGUACAUGAUAUUUGAUGGCAAAGAACAGGAUCUUUUAAGAGUUCUUGUGUAGUAUUGAUCUGUUUGAAAGUGCUGAACUGAACAAAUGCAGCCCACAGAAUUAAAAAUUUGAACACUUGAAUGUACAGGACCACGUAAAACAGGGAAUUCUGAAGUUUUCUGCCAGGGGUUUUUUAAUGGAGAAUUGUCUUUCAUAGGAUUUUUUUCUUUAUUCUCUUUUGAGGUGGUGCCUCUGUCUUCCAAAGCCCGAGCAAGCAUGUAACUAACUUUUCUUUGAUGAGCCAAAGCUUCUUCUUUAUCAUUUAACUGCAUGCACAGAAAUUAAAAACAUACCAGUUAGUAUAUCACAGAGUACAGAGCUAUAGUCAGAAGUAUUUCAUGAAAAUGUUCAACCUCCAGUCUAAGCCAGUCAGUAUGAAUAAAUCAAUUAGGUAGCCACUGAUUCCUAAGCAUUAUGCUACAUGGUAUUGAGGAGUUUUUUUUAAAAGGAAAAAUAGAAAACAGCGUUCUUUCUAUCGAAAAAAUUUUUAAGUCAUCUGAAGAGAAAGGAGAAAGAAGUAUAUAUUUACAUGGUGUGUGUGUAUAUGUGUAUAUAUGUAUAUAUAAUACCAACAAGUACUUACCUCUGAAAGAAUGUUGAGGUUAUUUAUAUAAAAAUUGUUUUUAUAUUUUUAUACGCAAAUAAACUUUAAUACUCUUCUACAGAUAAGUAUGUUCAUAUAACAUGAGUUUUCUUUGUAUAGUCAUCUAUGAAAUUGAGGAUAAAAGGACCGAUUUCAGGGUUGUGGUAAUGAUUAAAGGAUAUAAUGCAUGAGGAAGUUCGUUGAACACUUUAAAAAUUCCUGAAUAUAUAAGUCUUGUCAUGAACUGUAUAUGUAACUACAGAUGAUGGAGAUGCCUGGACUUAAUUACAGGGAGCCUCCUCUUUUCAGAGGUGGAGCUUUAAAGCUGCACAGGAAGAACAUGGAUGGGAGAAGUGGGAAGCAUGUGUGGGGUGUUUAAGGAGAUGAAGAUCAUAAUUCUGGAAAAUGGUACCUGAAAUGGGAACAGAGCAUAAAAGUCAAGUAUAGAGCGAUAAAGAGUUGAAUUAAUAGGAAGGAAAAAGAUAAGCUCAUCCACAGCCUCUAACAAAAAGCAAAGAUACUAACCAAAUCUGUUAGCAUCUUAAAGACUUCCUGAGGAUCAUGCUGGUCACCAGUACUCUUAGAACUGUUUUCCAAAGGGAGCAUACCCAACAGUUUCUGCCCUAAGGUCUUCUUACUCCUUUGUGAUGGUAACCCUAAAAUGGAACAUGAAAAUCCAGCUGAGACACAAAAAGACACUCACUGAAGUACUUCCAGACAAAGAGGUAAGUGUGAACCAAGGCUAAUUCAUUACUAAAUCAGCCAGGACCUUGUCCUCUUCAGGUGACCUCCAGCACGAGUGAGUCAGGCAGCACAGUGCAGUGGGAAAAGCAGACUUUAGAGCCAGGGUUGCAAACGCAGGUGAGAGGCCGCAGUGUGAGAACCCAGAGCAGCGCCCUCCCACUCUCAUUGCUCAGCAGCUGCCCAUGGGAGAAUGCAGCCUGUGCUACCUGAUAAUCUCAGUCUUCCAAAGGAGCCAGCAAUCCACAUUUGCAUGUGAAAUCUCCCAGUGUAAAGGUUAGCCACCCGCCCACAAUAUUUGAGAACACUAUUCACUCCCAACAAAACAUGUCUGCAGACAGGUGGCCUCUGAACCAUGCAAACUCUGCUUUAGAGCCAGAAAGACCUGGACUUGAAUCCCCAUUUAACCACUUUCUAAUGGUAUCAUGUUGGACAAGUUCUCUGAGCUACAUAUCCUCACUUCCAGAAUGAGAAUAAUAGUACCUAUGCUCUAUUGUUGGGUUGCUGUGCCAUUGAAUAAUAGAGCACAGGCUGGGGGAAGGGAGUGGGCAGUUAGUACUGAAUGGGGAUACAGAGUUUGUUUGGGAAGAUAAAGUUCUGGAGAUGGAUGGUGGUGAUGAUUAUACAACAAUGAGAAUGGACUUCUUGUCACUUAAAAAUGGUUAAAAUGGUAAGUUUUAGAAAAAUGGUUCUAAAGAACCUAGGAGCAGGACAGGAAUAAAGACGCAGAUGUAGGGAAGGGACUUGAGGAUAUGGGGAGGGGGAAGGGUAAGAUGGGACAAAGUGAAAGAGAAGCAUGGACAUACAUACACUACCAAACGUAAAAUAGAUAGCUAGUGGGAAGCAGCCGCAUAGCACAGGGAGAUCAGCUUGGUGCUUUGUGACCACCUGGAGGGGUGGGAUA